GAGCGAGCGGGGCAUUUCUGCGCAGCUCGAGUGCGCCUCGGAGCCCGCCCGGGCGGCCGCCGGACGCACGGACCGAGGACCGACAGCGCCCGGAAGCCGCGCCGCCGCUGCCAGGUGCCUGACAGACGUGCUUUUCCCCGGGGAGCUGGUGUGGACCGAGGAGGGGCGUGCUGGUCACCAUGACAACAGAGACAGGCCCCGAUUCUGAGGUGAAGAAGGCUCAGGAGGAGGCCCCACAGCAGCCCGAGGCAGCCGCUACUGCAACCACCCCUGUGACCCCAGCAGGCCACAGCGGCCACCCGGAGGCCAACUCCAAUGAGAAGCACCCGCCCCAGCAGGACACGCGGCCUGCUGGACAGAGCCUAGACAUGGAGGAGAAGGGCUAUGGGGAGGCUGAUGGCCUGUCGGAGAGGACCACGCCCAGUAGAGCCCAGAAAUCACCCCAGAAGAUUGCCAAGAAGUAUAAGAGUGCCAUCUGCCGAGUCACUCUGCUUGAUGCCUCUGAGUACGAGUGUGAGGUGGAGAAACAUGGCCGGGGCCAGGUGCUAUUUGACCUGGUCUGUGAGCACCUCAACCUCCUGGAGAAGGACUACUUCGGCCUGACCUUCUGUGAUGCCGACAGCCAGAAGAACUGGCUGGACCCCUCCAAGGAAAUCAAGAAGCAGAUCCGGAGCAGCCCCUGGAAUUUUGCCUUCACAGUCAAGUUCUACCCCCCUGACCCUGCCCAGCUGACAGAAGACAUCACAAGAUACUACCUGUGCCUGCAGCUGCGGGCAGACAUCAUCACGGGCCGGCUGCCCUGCUCCUUCGUCACACAUGCUCUGCUGGGCUCCUACGCCGUGCAGGCUGAGCUGGGCGACUAUGACGCCGAGGAGCACGUGGGCAACUAUGUCAGCGAGCUCCGCUUCGCCCCCAACCAGACCCGGGAGCUGGAGGAGAGGAUCAUGGAGCUACACAAGACGUACAGGGGCAUGACUCCAGGAGAAGCAGAAAUCCACUUCUUAGAGAAUGCCAAGAAGCUCUCCAUGUAUGGAGUAGACCUACACCAUGCCAAGGACUCCGAGGGCAUCGACAUCAUGUUAGGGGUCUGUGCCAAUGGCCUGCUCAUCUACCGGGACCGGCUCAGAAUCAACCGCUUCGCCUGGCCCAAGAUUCUCAAGAUCUCCUAUAAGAGAAGUAACUUUUAUAUCAAGAUCCGGCCUGGGGAGUAUGAGCAGUUUGAGAGCACAAUUGGCUUUAAGCUCCCAAACCACCGGUCAGCCAAGAGACUGUGGAAGGUCUGCAUAGAGCAUCACACGUUCUUCCGGCUGGUGUCACCCGAGCCCCCGCCCAAGGGCUUCCUGGUGAUGGGCUCCAAGUUCCGAUAUAGUGGGAGGACUCAGGCACAGACCCGCCAGGCCAGCGCCCUCAUUGACCGGCCCGCACCCUUCUUCGAGCGUUCCUCCAGCAAACGGUACACCAUGUCCCGCAGUCUUGAUGGAGCGGAGUUCUCCCGCCCAGCCUCGGUCAGUGAGAAUCACGAUACAGGACCUGACGGUGACAAGCAGGAGGAGGAUGGCGAGUCUGGGGGCAGACGGUCAGAGGCCGAGGAGGGAGAGGUCAGGACCCCCACCAAGAUCAAGGAGCUAAAGCUGGAGCAGGAAACCACGCCGAGACACAAGCAGGAGUUCCUAGACAAGCCAGAGGAUGUCUUGCUCAAGCACCAGGCCAGCAUCAACGAGCUCAAACGGACCCUGAAGGAGCCCAACAGCAAGCUGGUCCACCGGGACCGAGACUGGGAGCGGGAGCGCAGGCUGCCCUCCUCGCCCGCCUCCCCCUCCCCCAAGGGCACCCCUGAGAAAGUCAACGAGUCCCGGAGGACCCAGGACACCUCUCCACAGGACUUGGCACCUGAGCCUGGGACGGCCACAGGCUGGGAAGUGUUCACUCAGAAAAGCCUCGCAGCGUCUCCUGAGGGUUCAGAGCAUUGGGUAUUUAUAGAAAGAGAGUACACUAGGCCAGAAGAACUCAGUCUCCUAAAAGUGACCACCACGCAGCAGGAAGAAAGUAAGGCAGGCCUCGCAGAUAUCCUUGCUGAUGGCAGACUCUCCAAAGUAGACAUCCUGGUGGAUAAGUUCAAAGUCGAAGUGGCCACAGAAGAAAUGGUGGGAGUUAGAAGAGCAAAGACCCAGCAACAAGGAAGAAUGAUUGCAAGCCCUGAAGACUUUGAGUCAGUGUGGGAGGAAGGCCCCUGGGUCAGGAAAGGCCCAGGAGGGGCUUCUCUGGCUGCAGGCUCUGCCCUGGCAGAAAACCUCUUGGAGGGCUCCCAGUUGAGGGUGGGCACUGGGGAGGCCACCAUCAAGAAGCGCUGGAUCUCAGGUGGUCAGCUGGAGGGCCAGACGGAGCUGAGGAAGGAGCUGGAGGAGUUCCAGACUUGGGGAAGACCCACUGCCUCAGGGACGAGGUCAGCAGAGGCCGAUGUCCCUUCUCCAGCCUCCGACAAGGGAGGACUCCAGUCAUUUCUGCUGGACCCAGCCCAGUCGGAAGCCAGAGCUGACUCGAGUGAUGAAACCGAACCUUCCUUUGCAGAGAGGAGCUUCUAUCUGAACUAUGGAGAGAAAGAUUCUGAAGACCGAGUCCUCCCUCCACCUCUGGAGGAAAGGGAAGAGUGCCUGGUCACCCUUCCCGUUGAUGAGACCAGGCUGGAGCUCGCAGAGAGCUCCGCACUGAAUUCCUCAGGCCCACAGGGCUCUGCUGCAGCUUCCAGCAGGAGCAAGGACCAAGAGGGUGAAGCUCACAAGCCUUCUUUAGAGGAAAGGGCAGGGUCCCGUGGGAACUGCAGAAGACCAGGUGACCUGGAGGCCUUUGCUGAGCAGCUCAGUAAGGGACCUUCUCCAGGGCAGACAUGUGCUGAGGACUGGGAAGAAGCUGGGCGGGGGGUGGAAGGAGAAUUCAGCUACUCAGCAUCCAACCUAGGCAUGGAGGAAGAGGCCCCCAAUGGUGGAGAUUUGGUGGAAAAGGCUGAGAACAGUCCCCCAGCAGGAUGGAAGGACCACACACCUCACAGCGCAGGGGCCAUGCACCCAGAGCUCCCAGUCUGCGCCCUUCCCCGGACCACCCCUCCUAAUGAUGUCAGGAAGCCAGCCAAGCCAGGCAGAGGCAACUUUCUGCCCCAAGACCAGGGCCGGGUCCACAUCCAAACAGGAGAACCCGUGACAGAGGACAGAAAGGCCUCAGCGUUUCUUCAGAUGGAAGUGCUCGCCCCCCUCCCAGCCUCUCCUGGUCCCUUUCAAUCUCAGGCAGCUCUGGAGGAAACUUCUCCAAGCCCAGCCCCUUAUGGGUCAAGGGAGCCUCUGCAGCUUGGGGAUCCUUUUGGAGAACAGUCCCCUGUGUUUCUCAAACAUGCCCAUCCUCUUAAAGAGAGCCCAGAGCCCAAGGACCGAGGAGGACCGUUCGUGACCUCAGAUGGAGGUGAGCGCCGGGCACCUCCCGUUGCCAGCAGAAAGCCCAGAGUUGUCUCCGAACGAGCCGAGGGGGCUGUACCCCUGGGGUUGAUGUUCCCUUCAGGGAAGCCAAAGGAGAUAACCUCUUUCCAGGCUGCGGGCCAAGAGGGGUCCCUGGAAGAUAUCAGCAAGACCUCAGUGGCCAACAAAAUUCGGAUCUUUGAGACCCAUGGAGCUGAAACUCGCCGAGCGAGUCAGAGUGAAACAAGGGCCCUCAUAAACGAGUUGUCUUCAGAGGCCUCCGUGGGUCAGGUAGAGCAACAGCGGAACAAGCUUCUGGACCUGGGCUUCGUCCAGCUUCAGCCCCUAGGGGACUUCGCCGGCCCCAAGGCCACCCAUUCCUCAGUGACGCUGCUGGCUGCCAGCCACUUCAGGGAGGACAUUGCUACCACAUCUGCCCAGGAAGGAUGCACGGACCUCGAGCUCAUGUCCCCUGAUUCGGGCUGCGAAACUGCGCUGGAGGAAACCACCAUGGGCACUGGCCACAACAAAUCCGGAGAUGCGGUCAGGGAAGAGAAGCCCAUCACCAGCUUAGCAGCCAACCCUCCUGGAAAAGGGGGGCACCUGAGAUUCGCCAGCCCCUCGGGCCCUCAGAGAGCAGGGCUAAGGGAGGGCUCAGAGGAGAAAGUCAAACCACCUCGUCCCAGGGCCCCAGAGAGUGACACGGGAGACGAGGACCAGGACCAGGAGAGGGACGCGGUGUUCCUGAAGGACAACCACUUGGCCAUUGAGCGCAAGUGCUCCAGCAUCACAGUCAGCUCCACGUCGAGCCUGGAGGCUGAGGUUGACUUCACGGUCAUUGGUGACUACCAUGGCAGCGCCUUCGAAGACUUCUCCCGCAGCCUGCCUGAGCUUGACCGAGACAAAAGCGACUCAGAGACCGAGGGCCUGGUGUUUUCCCGGGAUCUCAACAAGGGGGGCCUCGGCCAGGAAGAUGAGUCUGGGGGCAUCGAGGAUAGCCCGGAUCGAGGGGCCUGCGCCACCCCCGAUAUGCCCCAGUUUGAGCCUGUGAAAGCGGAAACCAUGACUGUCAGCAGCCUGGCCAUCAGAAAGAAGAUUGAGCCCGAGGCUGUCCUGCAGACCAGAGUCAGCGCUAUGGAUGCUAGCCAGCAGGUUGAUGGGACUGCCCCAGGGGGAAAGGAGUCCAUAACAACCACUCCCUCCAUCACCACAGAGACCAUAUCGACCACCAUGGAGAACAGUCUCAAGUCCGGGAAGGGGGCAGCUGCCAUGAUCCCAGGCCCACAGACGGUGGCCACGGAUAUCCGUUCUCUUUCUCCGAUCAUCGGGAAAGAUGUCCUCACCAGCACCUACGGCGCCACCGCGGAAACCCUCUCCACCUCCACCACCACCCAUGUUACCAAAACUGUGAAAGGGGGAUUUUCUGAGACGAGGAUCGAGAAGCGGAUCAUCAUCACUGGGGAUGAAGAUGUUGAUCAAGACCAGGCCCUGGCUUUGGCCAUCAAGGAGGCCAAGCUGCAGCAUCCUGACAUGUUGGUAACCAAAGCUGUCGUAUAUAGAGAAACAGACCCGUCCCCAGAGGAGAGGGACAGGAAGCCACAGGAAUCCUGACCUCUGUGAAGAGAUGCUGGCGCUUCUGGUCCAACCCAAGCCAGAGAACCGUUAAGAAGGGGCCUUCAUUCUGGAUUCUCCGACUCAACACCGCAGUCCCAGCUGUGACGUACUGUCACCGAAGAGGGACUGGGAAAGGAAAAGCAUAUAUAUAUAGAUAUAUAUAGAUAUAGAUAUAUAUACAGGAAACACCGCGUGCUUGCACUGCUGCUGGGGCUGGCCGCACCUUCGGCCAACAGCAACAACCAACAUCUGAACACCUACAUUUCCUUUGCAGACAAAUUGAAGAACUGGUGGGAUUUUUCAGGAAAAAAAAAAGUAUAUAUAUAUAUAUAAAAUGACAAUAAUCUUUCACUCCCCCUUUCGAAGCCCUGCGUAACGACAAAAGCAAGCCAGACCACAAUGAUCAUAGGAGUCCAAAACAACCCUGGUUCUGCACGCUACCUUGCGUGGACGAACAAGCAUUCCAUUUGUCCUGAAGCGUGUGCUGCCCACUGCAGUGCAAAGGAAACACUCUUGCAGCAAAGCAAGAGAAAUCUCAGCAGCGAGACACGCGCCGUCAACCGUUUGCCAAGAAAGAAAGAAAAUCCCCCACUCGGAAAGGAGGAACACUGGAUUAUUAUUUUUUGGGUCUUGACACUGGGCUGCAAAAUCCACCUUCCUUUCUUCCGCCUCCCCUUCCCUUCGACUCACGCGUCUUGUUGUCAUUUCUGUCUCUGGCUCCCUCCUCCCCCUCCCCCACCCUCUGUAUCCCGGUCCUGCCGAUGACUCUGGUUUGAAACAAGAAAAAGAAGAGAAAGCAAGCGCAGAAAACCCAGCCACAGGAAGGAAAGUAGACACUGUGCGUUUAUGGGUUGUCACGAUGAAGGUGCAGCUUGUAGGAGAUGUGUAUGGAUGUGCUUUUAAGUUAUGUAUAUGACAUAUAACAGGAAACAAAUAUUAAAAUAAACAGUGCUGGUAAGUAUGAAGCUGACAUUUUAAAAUUAUAAUUAUCCGACUGUGAUUGAUGUAUUCCAAGGUUCUUAGAUCGCACUGAACCGGCCCAGCCAAGGAGACCUGGACUCUGGCUGUGGGCUGUUCGCAGGAGGAGCUGACGGUUCAGUGUAGUAAUACAGUGUGUGGUAUUUGUAACUGGUUGAUUGGUGGGGAGGGGUGGGGUCCCCAGAAGGAGGGGCAGGUAUUUGGCAAGGAGGAAGAAACAGAUGUAGUCCAAGAUGCCUUCCCUGCUUUGGGCAGUAGCCACCAGGGCCUGAUCUGUGCUCAGCUGUGGGGUCCAGGGUCAGGAUUCCAAUACAGGGGUCCCCGGCUCAGCCCCCAUAGCCCCCUAGGGGGUUUGCUUCGGUUUUCAGUCUUCUCUUUUUUCAGCCACGUGUCUUUUUCCUGACCACAUUGUGACAGCUGACUCCCCGUGCAAAGAGAUGGGACACCCUUGGCCACUGCAGAGAAUGGUAGCUUUAACCUGGCUGUCCGGAGAGCCUGGGGCGCUCUGGUCCUCUCCCCUCCCACAUUCAUUCUCUUCCUCCUGGACCAAAGCACCCAUGGCAGAGACCCUGAACGAGGGCAGGCCCCGAUAGGACAAAACUUCAUUUCCAAAGGCUUUGCCUACCACCACCCUCCCCACCCCCACCCUCGUCCCCUCCCCACCCUGAAUAAGCCGCUGAAGAAAUGUGUUGCUCAGAGGCUCCUUCUCUGUGUGAGACUGGCUUUGGAAACCUCCCCUUCAGCCAGCAUCUGAGCUCUGAGCUGUACCCUCAGAGUCCCCAGAACUGCCUUCAGACCACAGAAGCCCUUGGAGAAUACCCCAACCAAAGCUCGGGCUUUCCCAGGCUUGCCUGCCAGGAGAUGCUCCCCGGAGCUCAGUCAGUCCCCUUUGGAGGGAAUAUGUCCCUACUGCACUUUAAUUUCUCAGUCCCAUCUUACCUGCCCUUCCCCACCUCUACAGCGGCCAUUGAAGUCAUUCAACAAAUAUUUAUUGAGUACCUGCUUGUGCCAGGCACUAGGCUUGGACUGCAGGAGAGAAUGUGGGAGAGGGGAGGGACCUGGAGGCUCCCCGAGCCAGCCUUACAUCUUCAAUCACGGCUUGCCCCUCUGAGAGCAUUUUCACAUUCUCUCCAAUUAUUGGCCAUUGCCCGGGGAUACCCCCCCCCCCGGCUUACUUGUCAGUUACCCCAGUGACAUAAAUGCUUAGUUUGCUAAGCUGGUGCUGACCUGAGAACAAGAAACCAGAACAGUGUUGGCUAAAUGGGACAGAGAGCAGGCAGAGAGACACCUGCCCCUGGGGCUCAGAGGGCAGAUUCAGCCAUCUCCACCACCACCACCACCACCACCACCACCACCACCCACCCCCUGGAGCAAGACCAGUGGCUCACUCCAACCCCCACCCCCACCCUGAGUGCUCACUUCCCAUGCACCAGGUUCUUUUUACUACCUUGGUGGAGAAGCCACAAAACCUCCUUCCCACCCGUCUCAACCUGAAAGCUCCUAUUUUCUUUCUGGGCCAAGAGCUGGAAUGGCUCCACCCCUCCCCGGGCCACCCGGAAUGUGGCUCAGGCACCCCUGUCUUUGCAGGAACCAGGUGCCCCGAGCACACGGGUCACACCUCAGAGGGAGAGUAUUUGUUCUGGAUCCUGCACCUGUUUACAGCCCCUGAAUGUGUGGCUUCAGAGCAGGGAUGAAGGGACCAGGCUUAGCUUGUGAGCUGGCCAGGGUUUGUGGAGCUCUCCAUCCCACAGAUGCUGUGACCUUCCUUCCGUGGAGAGGCAGGUAGUGCCACCAGGGAGGAGGGGAGCUGCAAAGCUGAAAUCUAGGGCACUGCUUCCUCCCAUCCUCCUCUUCAUAGAGAAUAUAGAUGUUUGUCUUGUCUGUCUUCAACCUACUUUUCUUUUUUCCUUUUUGCAUUUCUCAUCCUUUUUGUGCUGCCUAUCCACCCAGGAGACCAUGUAGCAUGAUGGAAAAUGUCCUGGAGGGUAUCCUGGCUCAGCCCCUAACUCACCAUGUGACAUUGGUCUAGUCCCACCCCCUCCUUUGGGGCCUCAGUUUCCCCAUUUGCAAAAUGAGUAGGAUAAACCAGAUGCUCUCCAGGGUCUUUUCCCAGUCUGCUGUCCUACAGAUCUUCAUUUUUCUCUUGUUUUGCUUUCUUGGGAUCUUUUCCAUCUGAGGGGACAGGAGUUGCCAGGACCUGUUUCAGUUUGUGAAUCCUGCAAGCACAUUCCAAGACUGGCCUGCAAUUGCAUGAGCAACAUCACUCUAAAUAAUUUUUUUUUUCAAAAGCACCUUCCAACCAACUGCGAUGCUGUCCUGUUCCUUUUUACUCAUACCCUUCCCUCCCCUCUUGUCCCCACGCUCCCCCACCUCAGUGCUCUGUGCUGUAUGCGUGUGCUCUCUGUUCUUGUAUACUCAAUAAAAGUGAAAUAAAUGUGUUUGAUGCUGAACUACAAA